UUUCCAAAACCUUCCUUCUCCCCCCUAUAAAUAGGGGGAGCCAUUUUGAAUAAACUCAGACCUACAGUCCUUCUCGAACCGUGUUGUGUCAUCCAUUUCAAACUGUGUCACAGGAGGGAAGGAAGAACAGAGACUUGGGCUGCAGGAUCACUGGCAAGGCAUGGUGGGGAGCUCACAGCAAGCUGGAUGGGGCAAGAAACCCCCAUCACCUACAAAAGCAAGAGCAACAUUUUUGCAAGUUGUCCACAAGACCAUUUACACCAUUGUCCUUCUCACCAUCACUGCGGUCAGAGGCGCUACAGGGAACAACGAAGUGUCAGUGACUGUAGGUGACAGCUCAGUGCUCGCCUGCCCUCUCAAACCAAAUAUAAAUAUGCUAGCAUGGAAAAUAAGUCCCAAGAUUGGAGGCCCCUGCAACUUGUACUACAGGGCUGAUACAAACACAACAGACAGAACAAACUGCAGUGACAGCAUGAACUGGAAAUUCAGACCAGAUCUGGGUCCUGCCCUUGAGAUACAGCAAGUGGGGAUAGCCCAGGAGGGAAAUUACAUCUGUGAAGUUUUAACACCAGAAGGGAAUUUCCACAGGACAUACCACCUGACCGUGUUGGUGCCCCCAAGGCUGAGCCUCUUCUGUGAUGAGCACGGAAAGCCCGUGUGCAAGGCAGCGGCAGGGAAGCCGCCUGCUCAGGUCUCGUGGCUCCUAGAGAGCAACUACUCCCUUGAGGAAGAAAGCCACAACAACGGGACAGUGACUGUUCUCAGCAGGUUGACAGCAUGUAACACCAACGUGACUGACACAACCUGCAUGGUGUUCCACUCAGCUGGGAGCUGGAGUGAGUCCAUAGACUGUUGUCCCUCAGAGGUUGGAAGCUUUCUUCACUGUGUCAUCAGCCUUAUGAGCCUCCUGGGCCUCCUCUUCCUGCAGGCUGUUUUUCAUCUCUACACCUUCUGUGCUAGCAGGUACAUAUGGAGCAUGGCAAUCUCUGGUCAUGCUCAUGUGAGAUCACAGACAUAAAGCCUUAUAGUAUUUUGUUUCUCUAUCAAAUAAAGGGGGGAAAUUCUGUUUUUACAUUCCUAGAAACCAAAAGUGCAUUUCCACAACAGCUUCUUCCUCCCACUUAAGAGUAUUGUCUUGUUUCCUAGGACAAUGAGAAUCUAGUACCAAGCACAGCAGCUUCCAUGUGCAGAAGUGUCUCAGCACUUAGCAGAGAUGAAAGGAAGUCCCAAUAUUGCUCAGCAACGUGACAUGCAGCAAGAACUCACCGGUACCAAAUUGUUCAGGAGAAGGAAGCAAACAUCUACAAUGCAGCCAUAUGUGACUGUGCA